AUGAGGGAAUUAGCAAAAUUAUUACAAGAAAUUAAAAAGAUUAAUCCCGCCAUAAAAGAUUUAUUUGACGCACUGAGGCCGAAAAACUACGACAUCAUUGUAGCAGCCACAAAAGUUGUGGGAAAAUAUGACUCUGAAAAAGAUAGAUAUGAAUCACCUACAUUUGCUAUGAACAUUUCCACUAGCAUUAAACAAUGCUGCAAUAUAGCAAUUCUAUUUGCAUUGAAGAAACAAGGACCUUACAUGGAUAUAAACACUGCAGAAGUAGAGGCAGACCUAAAAACACUAAUACAAAUUUUAGAUUCAAAUUGGAAAUUUGAUGUAUCCAGCCAAGCAGCAUCAGAUUUAAACACUAAUAAAUGGAAUAAAGUAACUAUAGUGCCGUUGGCGAAUGACUUAAAAAUCCUAAAAGAAUACCUCGAAAAAAAAUCCGAAGAAGCUGCCAAUAAAAUCAAAGAAGGUUCAUUUAACGUUUCGACUUAUACACAAUUAUUAGAGACUGUAUAUUGCAGGGUUUUGCUACUUAACAGGCGCAGGCCUGGAGAACUUCAAAGAAUUAAAGUUCACGACUAUUUGGAAUCAGAUAAUGAUUCUGAUAAGUACGAAGAAUUCGACCGGGCUCUUACUGUGUCGGAAAGGGUCUUAGUACAAAAAUUUAAAAGACUAGUCAUUAGAGGAAAGCGUGGUCGGGGAGUUCCUGUUUUAUUUAAUAAGGAGGUUCAAGAGGACAUUAAAUUACUGCUCUCGAAGAGAAACAUAUUUGUUUCUACAUCAAACCGAUUUCUAUUUGGUAACCCGGGAUUUGAAAACACCAUAUAUGGGUAUAAAGUAUUAGAAAGGCAUGCGAGGCUAUCUGGAGCAAAAAACCCAAAAGCAAUUUCGUCUACAAGGCUUAGAAAACAUUUGGCCACUUUAUCACAAAUAUUCAGUAUGUCUGAAAAUGAUAUGGAGCAAUUAGCUACAUUUAUGGGCCAUACAAAUGACGUGCACAAAAAAUCAUACCGGCUACCGGAUGACGUUUACCAAACUGCCAAGAUAUCGAAACUCCUUAUCCUUAUGGAAGAUGGGAAAGCAGACGCUUUCAGAGAUUAUGACGUGGAAUCGCUUAAGUGCGCGCAAGAUAUUACAGACGGAAAUAAUUUACCACCACCAUUACUACCACCUCAGCCAGGACCAUCUGGUCUUCAAACGAUAACUUCAGAGUCUAACCAUGUUAAGAAAGGGAAAAAGAGGACUCUAAUACCGUGGACUGCAGAACAAAAAAGUUUGCAAUUCAUUUUUAAAUAUCAUAUAAAAAAUAAACAACCACCUAAAAGGCAUGAAUGCGAGGCUCUUAAAGAUAAGCAUCCAGACCUCCUGAAUAAUAAGGAUUGGCUUAAAAUAAAAGGCGGCGCCGAGGCACGCGGGGCUGACUCUACGGCGGUCGGAGCAAACGGCGCGCGAGUAUUUACUCGUACACUACAUCAGUUGUCCGCGCCCGCGCCGCACGGCUCGCACACGCAACCCACACACAUCCUGCGAUUCCCCACCCGACUGUGGCCACGGACCGUUACCGUCAAAUCGAAGUGCCAGUGGACUCGUAACUAA